UUUUUCCUGGUAAUUCUGAUUUGUUUUUCCAUUUAUAUACAAUUCUAUGGCACUAAUUUAUAAUGAUGGAACUGGAAUGUAAAGUGUUGCUUCUCCUUUUUUUAUCAUCUUUCUAUGUUUUAAUUAAUUCCACAGUAUCUUACAUUAAUGCUCUGUGGUGAAGAACAAAAGGGAAUUUCUGUCUAUGUUUCAAAAAGGAACUAAAAAGCUGUUUUAACUUUCAUCAAAAUUAGCAUUAGCCUUGUAGAUUAAAGUAAGUUUCUGUUUGAUUAAGAAAGUUUAAACAGAUUACGAAAUGUUUUCCUUUCUUUUGAAUAAUUUUGAAAAAUAAACAAAGACUUUUUCUACACCGUUUUAUUUUUUUAGAUUAGGCAAUUAUUUCUUCUAGGAAAGUAGUAGUUUUCUUGUAUAAAAAAGAUGAUUGAACAUGAUAAAAGAAGAUAGAACAACAAAUCGUUUACAUGUGAAGUCAUCAACUACAGCCAACAUCAAACCAAGCAUGGGUUUAAACAUCAGAGCAAUGCCAGGUAGUGUUAAGCAGGGUUACCUACAUAUUAAAAGGGAACGGAGCUCUUCAGCAAUCACCUCAAGAGUUUUGUUUAAGUCAUGGCAACAGGCUUAUUUUAUUCUUCGAGAGGACCCCUACAUAUUAGAAGAAUACAAGGAUGCUUCGUUAAAAACACAGAAACAAAUCCACUUUAUCGGUACAGUAAAACAUGUCGGCAUGAUUCGGACAUCGAAAUCAAAACAGUACGCAUUUGAAGUUGUAAUGAGAGAAAAAACACCCUUAUUAUUGGCUUGUGACAAUGAGAUUUUGCUUAACGAAUGGAUAACAGCAUUUACUGAUGUUAUGGACGUUGUACAUAGAGUACAAAUGGGUGGAAGUUAUGGAACCAAUAACAGCCUUCAAAGAUAUGGUGGUUCUGCUUUUUUUACAGACACAUAUGAAGUGAAGAUUAUUGAUACAACUCUAUCAAAAGCAAAUAACUUGAGCGGAGAAUAUUUAAUGACAUUGUCGCCAACAAGAAUACUACUGACAGAGCUUGAAGACUAUGUGGAAGUUUUAAGUUGGCCUUUGAGUCAUAUGUCAUUUUACAAAAGUCAACCGAAUCAAGGCAAAGUACUGUUUGCAAUGGGAAGGAACAGUCAUUUCGGCUGUGGAAAGUUGGUCUUUGAAACAAAAGACUGUGAACAAAUUGAACAUUUUGUUAACACACACUAUUCAAAGCUUGAGAAAAGUCGCGGUACGUCAAGUUCAUUCACAUCAACAUCAACAAAUGGUUCUGCAGGAUCAGAAAAUGGAUCUAGAUCCUCUCCAAUUGCACCUCAUCAUUUAGCAAGCAGUGAAUCGUCAUUUGAAUUAAGUUUAGAUAAACCAGUUUUUGACAGUCCCUCACAAGUGCGAAAAUCCCAAAGUGAAAACAGUGAAGAAGGCUUUUCUAACCCAGAAGAGAACAAUAACGAACCCAGUGACAGCGAAGAAAUGCAUGACAAAGAAGGCGCUAUUGUAGGUGAAGUUGGUGUAAAAAAUAAAAUUGCAUAUGCUGAAAUCACAACGGAAGAAACCUAUGUUAAACCUAAUGAACCAGAAAUUGAUGAUGCAUGGAAAAUUAAGCAUCCAAACUUCACACGAUUUAGUAUUCAGCGCACACACGUUACAGCUAGAUCUCUUAAUAAUUGUGACGAUGAAAAUGACUCUGCAAGUGCAUAUCUGCAGAUAUUAGAGGAAGAAGAAUAUUCUGAACAGACUGAGGAGGUUAGUCAAGACGUUGAAAAGACAGCACUAAGUUGUAACGUUAUUGAAGAAAUUCCUGAUGAGGAGCUGGAGAGUUGCAAAAAAGAAAAUCUUUCUGUUAAAAUACACAGCCCUAAUAAAAGCAAUAUUGAACCAGUGGAUGAAAUGCAGUUGCUGUUGAAGUCAAUUACUUCUUCCCUAGAGGACCCUUUACACAAUGAAAAUGUUUUAGCAGAUUUUAAAUCCACAAGUCAGAGUAUUAAUUAUGUUGCUAACCAUUUUGAGCCCAGAAGACUUGAACCAAGGCGUUCCAGUGAACCAAUUAAAAAAAUGCAGGCAACACGCUCGUUUGAAAAAGAAGUUAGCAAAAUGAAACUAACUCGUAUGAAAGGCAGUUAUAGUUGUGAUGUUGCCCCAGGGCAUAUUGCCAAUCAUAUCCGUUCGUCUUCAUCGUCUUUUUCAGAAUUUCCUGGGAUACCGAGAUCGUCACCUACAUCAUCUCCUGGUUCAUUUAGAAGAACACAGGAUGGACUUCCUAAAAAAAAUAGUGUGUCACAUAACACUCAUUUUAAUAUUGCAUUCAGUAAUUCAGAAACUCAUUUUAAACAGUCAUCUAGUCCUUUUCAUAAUGCAGAAGCAUUUUUGUCUAGACCAAUACCACAAUCUGUUCAAGAUCUUCAUAAUAGAAAAGCUUGCUCAUUGGGAGUGCGUCGUAACAAAACAGACCCGUCUUUAUCUUCACAACAAUGUCCACAGCUAGACAGGAACACAAAACCAACAUCCAAAUCUGUCAACUAUGGUGCAUCAUCAACACACCGAAUACUGGAAAAAACAGAUAUUCCACCUCCUUUGCCUGAGAGAACAUCGCCUAAAAAUCUUAGAAGCCCUACAAAAACAUUACGAAGGAGUGAAGAGAUUCGAGAAGACGUAGAGGAAAUGUUUUUUUGUAGCAAAAAUGCAGAGAGCAGAAGAACUUCAAGUAGCGCUUCUCAAAGCGAACAUAAUGUGCCGGUUUUUACUGAAAACGGUUCUCUCUCGCCACCACCUUUGCCACCAAAAGCAAAAGUCCUUUCUCUCACACGAUCAGCACCUCUUUCAAGUUCAAUGGAUGAGAACGAUGCAGAAGAAGCCGAAAAUUCUUCAUCCUUAAAUGUAUCUGUGCCGGAUAAAGCAUUGGUAGAUAAUCCCAGUAUGCCUCCUGAAUUACCAAGCCGAAAUAAUCGCCCUUCUUUGACUAAAAAAUUCUCAUCGUCUGAAAGUAACAUUCUCAAGAUGCUAGAAGCUCCACCAAAAACACCUCCUAGAACACCUCCUAGAACACCACCCAGGACGCCAUUACUAUCUCCUCAUCCAAUCGAAUUGUCAAAAUCUUUGGAUGGUGGGCAGUUUAAAAAACAAUUAUCUGUAAUUCCUUCUGAACCAACGAUAAAAAUGGAGGAUUUAGCAAGAAAACAACGCAGUGUUACCAUGUCAGUAGAAAACGUUCCAAUUAUCAAAGUUGAUAGCGCAAGAAGAGCUACUUGUCCUACAUUACCUAAAACAUUGGCCAGUUUGCCAAGUGCAAAAAACUUUCCAAAAUCGCCAAAAAAGUUUUUCUAAAAAUAAUUUUAACUAAUAUCUUAUGAAUUAGUUUUUAUCCUUGUUUUUUUUAAUAAUUUGUUGUCAUAAUGUGUUAUUAAAGCUAAGGUAUACAGUGUGGUAUUACAGUAUUAAAAUCUUUAAAGAUGGUAUUUCCACGCAACUCCUUUCCCAGGCUUUAUGUGUACUUAUUUAUACAUUACAAUUAUUUUAUAGAUUGUUCUACAGUAUUUUUUACUCCAAAUGUAUUUAUUCUGAGAAAGUUCUUGAAUCUAAAUUUUAAAUAAUAUUGCAUAUAGUUUAUAGUAAUCAUUUUGGACUCUGUGUAUAUAUUUGAUGUAAAGAGUCACAAAAUGCUAUUUUAUUUGGCUUUUACCAGAGCGUUUAUAUGUUUUGCGUAGUGCUUAAAUAGAUUAUAAUAAACCAAGACACUGCAAAUUCUUUCGUUGAAAACUUUUCAUAACACAAUUAAGGCCACAGUCAAAGAUUUAAUAUUUCUUUUUGUAUCAAAAUGAUCCCAAAAGUAUUAAUCCUGAGUGUAGCAAUGAGAAAUAUUUUUUAAAUUUUAUAUUAUUAUUUUGUAUUUUUUUGGGCCGUUUGACUUUUUUGUUAUUUCCGUGUAGACUUUAGACAAUACUUUGUAUAGUAAGUCUGUAAAAAAGAUAAUCUCUUAGA